AUGAACAAAGGAAUCGUUGCCGCCGGCCAUCCGAAAACCGCUGAAGCGGCAGCUGAAAUUUUGAAAGCUGGCGGAAACGCCUUUGAUGCUGCAAUUGCCGCGAUGCAUACUGCAUGUAUCGUUGAACCGGCUCUCGCUUCCUUAGGCGGAGGCGGAUUUUUGAUGGCUGUGCCCAAUGACAGUACCCCCAUAUUGUUUGAUUUUUUCGUUCAAACACCAAGUCGGCACAAGAAUCUGGAUGCGAUAGACUCGCGUUCCUUCUUAUGCGACUUCGGAAGCACUCAGCAGGAAUUCAUCAUUGGCUGCGGCACCAGUGCAGUCCCCGGCUAUGUUAAGGGCAUCUUUGAAAUUGCGAAACGCUAUUCAUCAAUGCCCAUGAAAGAGUUGGUGCAGCCGGCGCUUCAGAUGUUGAAAGAAGGCAUCGAAGUCACUGAAAUGCAGGCACAUAUAUUCAGAAUCCUGACUCCGAUUUACCUAGCUGAAACCUCAAGAGAGAUAUUUGAGAAAGGAGACGACUUGUUUUAUCGGGGUGAAAUCGCCAAAGCAGUCAACUGCAUAUCGCAAUCCGGUGGUGUUGUCACUUAUGAAGACAUGGCAAACUAUCAAGUUGAACUGCGUAAACCACUCGAGCACUCUGAACGGAAAUAUGCAGACUCCAAUGCCGAAUUUGAUGCAGAUCUGUACGAAUUGUAUAAACAGAAUCUUCUGAAUCACGCACAGGCAAAUCGUGGAACCACUCACAUUUCUGUAAUUGAUCGGCACCGAAAUGCCGCAUCGGUAUCUGUAAGCAAUGGCGAAGGGUGUGGAACAAUGAUUCCCGGCACUUCAAUUAUGCUGAACAAUAUGCUGGGGGAACAUGACGUCAAUCCGGGAGGAUUGACUGGUUGGCCGUCGAAUUCACGACUCAGCUCAAUGAUGUCACCCUCCGUCGCACGUGCGCCGGAUAGUGGUUUGAUCGCAAUCGGCAGCGGGGGCUCGAACCGAAUCCCAUCGGCAAUCCAGCAGGUACUGGUAAAUUUGAUUGAUUUUAGAAUGUCAGUGGAAGACGCAGUCCGAGCACCUCGUGUCCACUUUCAUCAGAACGAAGCAUUUGUCGAAGAUAUUUUUGAGAACUCUGAAUUGGAAUCUGUCUUGCAGGCUUUCGACAGCAGUACUCGUUUCAAUAAGCGCGAUGUGUUUUUUGGUGGAGUGCACACAGCAAAGCACGCAGACUCUGAAGUUGCGGGGUUUGGCGAUGAUCGACGAGGCGGAAUCUCGAUCGCAGUAUAG